GUAUGGGCUCUGGCCAGAGCAGUGACAAAUUAUACUGCAACCGCUAUCUGAAGGGACAGGGUCCUCCAUCACUGGUACAACAAGCUAAUGCAGAGGUGAAUGGGAUGCACAGAAGAAAAGGCUGCCAGCCAGAGGGCCAGAUGACCUGGGUGAUCCUCCACAGAGACCUGCCGGGAUUCCCUGAUGACAACACCUUGCAGAUAAACUACAUAUUCCCAGAUGGAAUACAGACAGAGCAACACCCUCACCCCGGCCAGCCUUACGCCGGGCUGCGGCUCUGCGCUUAUCUGCCUGACAACCGCGACGGCAGGAAGGUUCUCAAGCUGCUGGAGAAGGCCUUCAACCAGCAGCUCCUGUUCACUGUCACUACCAAGACAAACGGAGAGGACAUGGUCACCGCGACUUCCAUCCCCCAAAAAACACAAGCAGACGCAGGAAACGGAGUGUGA